AUGCAGGGGAAGAAAAACAAUCGAAAGAAGAAGAAGAACACGAACAACACUACGAAUACCGAUGCUUCUCGCAGUAGCAAUGCGAAGAAUAAUGCCUCCUCCGUGUCGUCGGACGACAUGGCAAUCCUCCGAGAGCAAUUACACAGGGUCAAUUUAACGUUAAAAGACGUCUCCGCGGACGGGAACUGUUUCUUUCGAGCGAUAUGCGACCAGAGAGAUGGGUCGGAGAUUCACCACUUGGACGUGAGAGAGGAGGUGUGCGAGUACAUGGAAAAACACGAGGAGGACUUCAGGCCGUUCGUCGAGGACGACGAGGAGUGGUCCGUGUAUUUAGCGCGAAUGAGGAAAGAUGGGUCGUGGGCCGGGAACAUGGAAGUGCAAGCGUGCGCGAGGUUGUUGAAAAUGCGGAUAUGCGUGCAUCGAGCGGGGCAGCCGCGGUGGGUGUUGUCGCCGUAUUUCGGCGAGAGCGGGAGUAGUAGUAGCGGCGGCGGCGAGAAGAAAAUGAGAAAUAAUGACAUGUCGGUGAGAGAGGAAAUCAUGGACGAGGAUUGCGCGUAUCAUCUAGCGUACGACGCGGAUCGAGGGUGCGAACAUUACAAUAGCGCGAGGAUGGUUGGGACCGCGGAUUCGGAUUUUCCAGGCGGGCCGAUUUCGUUGCGAUUGAUCACGGACGCGGAGAGCGAGAUUUUUGAGAUUGCACAGAAGACCGGGUUCGCGAGAGAUAUUGGGAGAGUUCGAAGACAUUUGAAGAAGGCGAUAGAGGAAGGGAGAAAGAUGGAGAGUAUGAGUCACGAUGAAGUCAUCGAGUUUGCGUGCGAGAGUUUGACGGAGGAAUUAGAAAAGGAGAGGAAAGAGAGGGAGAGUUUGUCCUUCCGCCGUAAAGGAGAAGAAAACGAGGACGAAAACGAAAAAGGGCUCGACGACAAAAAUGCGCAACUAAACGCAGACGAAGACGAUUAUGGCGGCGGCGGUGGAUGGGAGCGAGCGAAAACUAAACGCGAAAAAAGGAGAGGGAAGAGUAAGAGUCUUUUGGCGGAAGAAUACGAAGCGCUCACGCUGUAA